CCGGAUUUCCUGUAUAUGGCAGAGCUUGAAAACAGCCAGUCCGCUUGCCCUACAAGCUCCGCGCCCCGAUCCGAGAGCGUCUCCGGUGAAGCGCGAUGCUUUGGUGACCGGAGAGCCGCCAUACUCCGGCACAGCAGCAGACACAGUAGCGCAGCUUCACGCGACCAUUCAACACAGAAAGUAACGUUAUUCUUCGCCAAACGUCAAAGUCAAUGCGGUCCUUGAUCGCAGCGCUGGAGCUCGUCCACCGGCCCCGCCGUCACCUCUCAUGCGCCGGUCAGUAACGCGCUGUCGAUCGCCAAACACAAGUGCCGGAGAUUAAACCAGCCGAAAUCCAGACUGAUAGCUCGGGCUACCCGGACAAAAAGAGGAGGACGGCAGCUCUGGUUGGAUUUAUCCCUUUCAGUCACCAUGGAGUGGUUAAUGGGGAAGGGCAAAGGGAAGCCCAAUGGAAAGAAGCUGCCCACCGAGGAGAAGAAGCAUUACCUGGACGCAGAAUACACCAAAGUGCGAGUCGUCGACUUCGAGCUCAAGGAGCUGGUGGUUUUGCCGAGAGAGAUCGACCUGAACGAGUGGCUCGCUAGCAACACCACGACGUUCUUCAAUCUCAUCAACCUGCAGUACAGCACGAUCUCUGAGUUCUGCACGGGGGACACGUGUCCGGCCAUGACCGCCUGCAGCACGACGUACUACUGGUAUGAUGAAAAAGGGAAGAAGACGAAAUGCACAGCGCCGCAGUAUGUGGAUUUCGUCAUGAGUUCAGUUCAGAAGCUGGUGACGGAUGAAGACAUCUUUCCCACCAAAUACGGUAAAGAGUUCCCCAACACCUUCGACUCGCUGGUGAAGAAAAUCUGCAGGUAUCUCUUCCACGUUCUGGCCCACAUCUACUGGUCCCACUACAAGGAGACGGUGGCCAUGGACCUGCACGGACACCUAAACACACUCUACACGCAUUUCGUGGUAUUUAUAAGGGAAUUCAAUCUGAUGGACCCCAAGGAGACGUCUAUAAUGGACGACCUGACGGAGGCCCUGUGCACGCCGCUGCCCCCUCAGCCACAGAACCACGUGACGGAGAGAUGAGUCCGGCGCCGCUCCGUCUCUGACCUGCCAAGCCGGGGUUCAGAAGGACUGCUGGGACUCGCAGACCUUCUUCACCCUCCCAGAACACUGCUCUCUUUAGGACCCAGUUCGGAGCGCUCCGCCAGGCCUCCCGCCGAAUGACCUCAGACGCGGCCGUCUAACCCUUUAACCAAGAACUGACCGUGCUGACCGUGCUUCGGUCUCCUCCCCGUUUCCGCUUUCUUUCGCGUCUUCCCUCGUCUUCGGCCCCGUUUGAGCAGCACUUUCCCCUCUCUUGGUUUGAUAAGGGUGUAGGCCUGGUCCUCGUGUACGGUAUACAGGUUUCUUUUCCAUUUUUAUAGGGUAAAAGGGGUGUGUGUGUGUGUGUGUGUGUGUGUUCAAGGCUUUUGCACUCAGGAACUGAGAGAGCUGUCAAUGCUACCUGCUCACCCACAAGCCUCUCGGUGUCACUUUACUCAUCAUAUAGCAAUCCCAUCCUCCCUCUACUUGUAUGGGACAGACUUGUGUUGCAUAUUAGCAUGUUGACCACUGUAGAGGAGAGCCGAGGUGAACGGGGCGGCCAGGACCUCGAGUGACAAAGACAUUCGCGUUUGUCUGCUGUUGAAUCCGAAACGUCUCGGCUUGUAAUCAUGUCUAGCCUCGUUCUGAAAAGACGAUUUGUGAAUGGAAAGGAAUGUACACUUAGUCUCUAUGUAUUACUGAUUGCAAAGAUUAUUAUCUUCGAGCGACUGAGAGAGCGACGGAUGCUUUAGUUCUCCCUCCAUCACUGUUCAGAGAGUUUGUGUUGCGACGAGAAGAUCGGACCUUUUCCUUUUAUUAUUUAAGUUAUUUCUUGGUUUUCUGUUUCUUUUCGUUUCGGUUUUAGUUGACGUUUUUUCAGGGCUCCUCGGUUCUGGCUUUUGUUUUAUGUAUUUUAAUAAUACUUUAAGUUAAAAGCGAUUUAAUAUUUUAAGCUCUGCAAAUUAUAACCUAAUAAAAUAUUUAAAAGUCA